UGAACUUGCUGGAUCUACCACUGCCCGGGGAAGAUGAACUUAUGGAGCUACUCGACACUACACCAUCUGACUGCCAAUCCAGCGGCGGAUUCAACUUCGACUUCAAUACUUCGAACACAGAGCAGUUACACCAGUCACCAAUUGCAGCUCCGUCAUUGCCCCAUGAUAGUCAACCUCGCACCAGGGCAAAAACGACAAGCCCUCCAGACUACAACACAGUAGGUAAAACUGAAUACGACUAUUUCAGGAACGCGGAUGACUUAGACACCGCACAGUUAUUCAACUUUGAUGAAGCAACUGAGGUUUCUCCGUCUGCUUUCAACCCGAAAGACCAAUUGUCCACAUCGAACAAUGCCACACUGCACGUCGACUUUUCCGCCGCAAACCUCUAUGGUCUUCCUGAAUUCAUUUCUCAAGGGGGAAAGGAAAAUCAAAGACUUGAGACGAUCAAAAUUGUGAACGGACUACGGCGAGUUCUGUGCGAGAGUCAAGUGGCGUCAAGCGAAGACGGCCCUCUCGAUAGGACGAAAACAUUUCCUGAAACUGACAGUGCGCUUUCACGAUACUGCGAUGCAUGUUUUGAAGAUUGCUGCCCGAUUGGUGACUUCUUAACGAAAUCUGCAGUCGAGAGCAUUAUUAAGCAAUCCAGACAACCUGAACCCGACAGAAUUUUUUCAGUGUUUGCCGAAGCCAUUGUGGCUGUCGGCUUUCAUACAGCCUGUCUACGAAAUCUAGAAGCUCCAAGCGUGGAGGAGACACACGAGGCACAAAAGCGCCUUGCAGCAGCUUUGUGUCUCUACAAAGAUAUUCAGAACUUUCCAAGCACUCUGUUGAAAUUCCAGGUGAGUGUACCUAUACCGGCUUUCCACGAUAAAUACAUGUAGCUGACGUAUUUACUCUUUAGGUCACUUUGGUCAUGGUAUGAUGCUUAUUGCAAGGGAGCUAUGGAAUCAGCCCUAUAUCCUAACAUCAAGAACAGGCAGUGAUUG